AUGGGCGACAACCAGUCUGCCGCAGGUGUGAAUGCAGCUGAUAUCACAGGCGUUAUCAAGUUCAAGAAGGACGCUUCGCCCGAGUCGAAGCAGAAGACGCUUGACCAGAUCAAGAAGGACGGUGGCAAGAUCCUCAAGGACGACAACGUCAACAACCCCAUCUUCUCUUACGCCGUUGCCGAGAUCUCGCCCGACCAAUUCAAGAACCUGUCCCAGUCGUGCGCCGACGGCCACGACUGCCUCGACCGCGUCGAGGAGGACAAGACCAUGUCCAUCUAA